UAAUGUAAGAAAUGUGAAUGUAAACUUACAAGCUUUGGUGCUUAUUAGUAACUAAUCAAGGAAAGGAAAAUAAACACACCAUAUCCUCAAUGAGACUUUUGUUGCUGCACUAACUAGGACAAUUAUUUUAUAUAUUGUACUUUUUAUUGUCACUGAAUAUCCAAUGUUCACUCACAAAUAACAGAAGAAAAAAUAUAACCAGAGUGAAGCCAGUGUCAUUUAUUAUCCAAAUACUGAUGUAUACACGAGGUCUGCAAGGUUUUCAGAAUGUAUCAUUCCUCGUAACCAUCCAGCUGGCACCAAACUGGUGUCAGGCAUUUCCUGUGAAAACAUCUCACUGCUCUGAGGUUAUAAAAGUUAUUCGCUGCUUUAUUUGGUACAGUAUCACUAUGUAUCUUUUAACUAUGGGUUCAAAGAAUUGGGGAGCAGUACUGCAUGCUGUUCAGCAUUCAACACAAUCGUCCCUCAGAAACUGAUUUGAAAGCUUACUGGGCCUGAACACCACCAUCAGCAAAUGGAUACUAGACUUCCUGACUGGGAGACCUCAGUCAGUCUGGAUCAGAGGCAGCAUCUCCUACACCAUCACACUGAGCUGUGUGCUCAGUCCACUGCUGCUUACUCUGCUGACCCAUGACUGUGCUGCAACACACAGCUCAAACCACAUCAUCAAGUUCGCCGAUGACACGACUGUGGUGGGUCUCAUCAGCAAGAAUGAUGAGUCAGCUUACAGAGAGGAGGUGCAGCAUUUAAUGGACUGGCGCAGAGCCAACAACCUGUCUCUGAAUGUGAACAAAAGAGAUGGUUGUUGACUUCAGGAGAGCACGGAGCGACCACUCCCCGCUGAACAUCAACGGCUCCUUGGUAGAGAUCGUAAAGAGCACUAAAUUUCUUGAUGUGCACCUGGUGGAGAAUCUCACCUGGUCCCUCAACACCAGCCCCAUAGCAAAGAAAACCCAGCAGCAUCUCUACUUUCUGCAAAGGCUGAGGAAGUUCCACCUCCCACCCCCCCAUCCUCAUCACAUUCUACAGGGGUUGUAUUGAGAGCAUCCUGAGCAGCCUCAUCACUGUCUGGUUCGGAAAUCGCGCCAUCUUGGAUCGCAAGACCCUGCAGUGGAUAGUGAGGUCAGCUGAGAAGAUCACUAGGGUCUCUCUUUCUGCCAUUAUAGACAUUUACACUACACACUGAAUUCGCAAAGCAAACAGCAUUUUGAAGGACCCCACGCACCCCUCAUACAAACUCUUCUCCCUCCUGCCGUCGGGGAAAAGGCACCGAAGCAUUUGGGCUCUCACGACCAGGCUAUGUAAUAGUUUCUUCGCCCAUGCCAUCAGACUCCUCAAUACCCAGAGCCUGGACUGACACCAACUUACUGCCCUCUACUGUGCCUAUUGUCUAGUUUAUUAUUUAUCAUAAUGCCUGCACUGUUUUGUGCACUCUAUGCAGUUCUGGGAGGUCUCUAGUCUAGAGCAGUUUUUUUCUGUGUUGUUUUUACAUAGUUCGGUGUAGUUUUUGUACUGUUUCAUGUAGCACCAUGGUCCUGAAAAACGUUGUCUCGUUUUUACUGUGUACUGUACCAGCAGGUAUGGUCAAAAUGACAAUAAAAAGUGACUUGACUCGAUGCCAGCAGAAUUUCUGUGCAGGUCAUCUGAAGCAUGCACAUCAUAGGUUUGCCAUCCCGAGGGUAAUGGAUAAGUGAAAAGCCAUGUUUAUAGUGAUGGAACAAAAAUGAGAGUUAACAAUCAGAGGCAUGAGAAAUGAGGAGAGAUACUGUAUUGUGUAAGAAUAAGACUUCAGAUUAACAGGAAUAGAGAUCCCCUUACUAUUGCUACCACCUCAUGAGCCUCCACAUCCAACACAUCGUUCUCCACAACUUCCCCCGUUUUCAAUGGGAUCCUAACACAAAGCACAUAUUUACCACUGCCCACUCAGUCUCUGCUUCCCACAGGGUUGUGCCCUCUGUGAUUCCUUUCUCCAUUUGUUUCUCCUACUAAUCUCUCUCCUGGCACUUACCUCUGCAAGUGACAGAAAUGCUGCACCUGCCAACUCACUUCCUCCCUCACCUCCAUUCAGGGCCCCAAACAGUCCUUCCAGGUGAGGCGCCACUUCACCUGCAGAUCUGUUGAUGUCAUAUUGUAGGUGCUUCCGAUACUGCCUCCUCUACAUCAGUGAGACCUGACGUAAAUUGGGGGAAUCUCUUUGUCAAGCACCUCCACUCCAUCUGCCAGAAAAUGGAAUUUCCAGUAGUCAAUCAUUUAAUUCCUAUCCCCAUUCCUGUUCCAUCAUAUCAGUCCAGGCCUCCUCUUCGGCCUUGAUAAGGCCACUCUCAGGAUGUCGGAACAACACCUAAUGGCACAAACAUUGAUUUCUCCUGGCAAAUGUAAUUUUUUAAAGCAAUUCUUUUUUUCCUUUUCCCCCUUUCCCUCCUUGUCUAUUCCCCAUUUUGGCCUCUUACCUCUUUCCCUGAUGCCCUUCCUUUCUCCCAUGGUCCACUCUCCUCCUAUCAGACUCCUAGUCUCCAGCCCUUCACCUUUCCCACCCACCUGGCUUCACCUAUCACAUUCUAGCUUGUCCUCCUUCCCCUCCUCCUUUACCUUUUCUAUUCUGGCGGUCUUCCCCUUCUUUUCUAGUCCUGUUGAAGAGUCACGGCCAAAACCGUCGACUAUUCAUUUCCAUAGAUGCUACCUGAAAUGUUGAAUUCCUCCAGCAUUUUGUGUGUGUCUGGAUUUCUAGCAUCUGCAGAAUCUCCGGAGUAGUUUGUUGCCUUUAUGUGAAGGAUGAAAAACGCCAGUAGCAUUGAACUUACACCGUUGUUUUAACAUAUAAUUUAGCAAAACAAGAACAGAUGCGUAUAUGUUUAGAAAAGUUUGUAACCGUUCAAGAUGCGAUAAUCUCUUUGGGCUCACAGUGGAGCUACACAUUCGAACUCCAGUUUCCGCGGUGAAGUUUUUGACGUAACGAACCGUAGACAAAACCACUCCGCCAGAGGCAAAUACUAGAAUGUUUGGUUACGCAGCUUUAGCUGCUGAGUUCCAUGCUCUGUCUUUCAUUAACCCAUAAUAAAAUAUUACAAUGAAAAGCAUAGAAAAAUGUAUUUUGUCGUUGUUUUAAUAAAACAGAUCUCGCUGAGAUUUCUGGUAUAUCCAUUCCCCCCUCGAUGUGAUGGGUGGUGUAGCUCAGAGCCCAGGUUGUGUCACAGUGCUCCGAUCUGGAUUUGACCAUCUGCCCAAGACCCUUAGGUGGCGCAGAGCAGUCAAUCGAAUUUCCAUCGAAAACACAAAUACGGAAAGCGUAAUUCGAAAUCAGUGUUGCGGUAAAGUCAGAAAAACAAGGGGCAAUUAAGUCAUCACCUGACGUUAUUCGUAGGAAAAAGUGUACACAUUCAUCUGAAAGUAUAAUGAGCCAUUGUUUCUGCCGUUGAGAAGAUUACUGACCACACAAUCUCCAGCCUUGUCACUUUACCUCUUGUCACAAAAAAAAUGAAUGCAUUUUCAAAAGGGUAACUGACAGAAAAGGAGAAUGGAUAGCUGUUUGAAAUCGAUGGCGGAUAUGAAGCGGUCGUUCAACUCUGACUGUCUGCGGAGGACCCAACUCCAUCACCUCAGACUGUGCUGCACACCAGCUGUACACAAGCUGUAUAAUGUAAUUGGAUUUCGUGUUUAGUCUUGGGUCCCAUCCCCAAAGUAUUUCAUUAUAUAGAUGCAAAUAUUCUAAAAUACAAAACCUGAAACACUUCUGGCCCCAAGCAUUUCAGACCAUGGGAAAUUCAUAUGCUGGACAAAUGAAAUCUGCACGUUUUGAAGAGGCUCUUCACAAUUCAAUAGAAGCGUCACUUCGAUCCAACAGUAUUUCUCCUCAACCAAUCUUCUCUCAACUCUACCUUGAGUCAGAUCAACCACCUCUGUCCCCUGAAGAUGUCAAACCAAAGAUAGAGGACCUUGAUAAGGAAAUUGAAGUCCAUCGUUAUACACAGAGUAGCUCUUCUGGAUUCCCUGCUAUACAAGUCAGCAAUGGAUUGGAUAAUGAGGAGGAGGAGGAAGAAGAGGAAAUGUCAGAGUCAAACAGCCCACCUAUUUCCUACAUUCAGAAACAUGUUCCAGAGGGAUCCUGUACAACUGAUGGUUUCUGUCAGGCCGGCAAAGACCUGCGCUUGGUAUCACUCUCCACAGAACAAAUUGAUAUUCCGCCAGGUUUUGUUCUGGUAGGAGCCAAGUCUCCAAAUCUUCCUGAGCACAUUCUGAUUUGUGCAGUAGAUAAACGAUUCCUGCCAGAUGACAAUGGAAAGAAUGCACUUUUAGGUUUCUCGGGAAAUUGUAUAGGCUGUGGGGAGAAAGGAUUCCGGUACUUCACCGAGUUUUCCAAUCACAUCAACUUAAAACUGACAACCCAGCCGAAGAAGCAGAAGCACUUAAAAUAUUACCUCAUCAAAAACUCACAAGGUGUUUUCUCAAAGGGACCAUUAAUUUGCUGGAAAGAAUGCCGAACUCGUCAGUUGCCUAGCAGUUAUUCAUCUGCACUACCUUCAGCCAAGACUGUUGCUGCAGUCAGCGGUUCGACAUCACCUUCACCAAAUGCAGACACGGUCUCACCCAGCGCUUGCAGCACCACGGUUGCCAGCUGUCAGACAGAAUCGAUGUUCAGUCAUGGUUCAGCAGCAUCUUCUGCCAGUUUCUCUGGAUGUCAGGACCUGUCUCGGAGUGCAAAUGUAGCAAAACCUCUUGCCAUGGCCGCACAACAACCUGCAAAACCUCUCACUGCAGCUCCUUGCCCAAAUAACCAGUCACCUGGGUCUGUGCGAGUUAAUGGUAAUACCAAUAGUAAUGGCUCUGCUGGGAAAUCCAACGUUUUCAAUGCUUCUUUGUCUCGACCUCAACUUCUUUCAACUUCAUCAAGUCCAGGCUUGACGUCAGGAGAAAACAGCAUUAUGACAAGCUCUGGGCCACCUAAGAAGCGUCAUCGUGGGUGGUCUCCAGGCUCCCCCAAUGCUGCUCCCACAGUAGUCCCUGUUCCAGCUGUGAGACCAGUGACGAGAUCUGAUGCUACACUACCCGUGCCUGUUACUCAGUCAAUGCCAACUGGAAUUUUACAGCCACAACCAAUCUCUGCAGGGGAAACUGUCAUCAUCCCUGAAAAUUUAUUAAAUAAUUCUGGAGUGAGACCUGUUAUUCUCAUAGGUUACGGUGCUUUACCAUAUUUUUAUGGCAAUGUUGGUGAUAUUGUAGUAAGCCCUCUACUUGUGAAUUGUUACAAGUUUCCACAACUGACUUCAACUGAACUAGAACAGCUGGGGGUUUCCAACAGCCAGAUCCUAACAGUGGAAAAUAUGAUUCUCUUAACAAUACAAUAUCUGAUUCAGCUAGGUCCAGACCAAAUGCCUCUCAGGGAAGAAUUUGAACAGAUUAUGCUGAAGGCUAUACAGGACUCAAGCCUCAAAGAUGGAUACUUACAACUUGGAGGCCCCUCUUUCACUGUGUCUCCAGGACAGUUGCCCUGGCUUGCCCGACUUGCUGCCAGUGUUUCAAGAGAUCUGGUGCAAGUUGUUUUUUCUCAGAAUUCUCUGGCAGAAGGCAUCUCAGAAACCUUAAGAACAUUUGGUGAUGUACAUGUUCAACAGAAAGUACCUAACUAUGUGGUAGUCAUUUGUACUUCAAAGAUGAGAGGCAAUGAAUUUUGUGUGGUGGUUUUAGGUCACUAUCAAUCCAGAGUGUUAGCAGAGAGUAUGCUCACCACAACUGAGUUUCUGAAGGAAAUCAGCUAUGAAUUGAUUACAGGAAAAGUCAAUAUUUUGGCAUCCCAUUUUAAAACCUUGCCCUUUGGAGAUAAUUUGGACAAGUUCCUAGAUAAAUUUCAGCAAAAUAGAAACAAUAAUGUGGCUAUUCCAUUCAAUGGAAAUGUUUCUGAAUAUAUUCCGUCCGAUGAGGCUGCAGCAAUGACAUCAAAGCAAGCUGUUGAUUCAUAUACUGAAGUGUUCCAGAUCCAUUCGCCUCAACUCAUUGUUGCUCGUAAGCUGUUGUCUCAAGUUUGUGCUAUAGCAGACUCUGGAAUGCAAAACCUAGAUCUGGGGCGCUUUGCAAAAGUGGACUUCACCAUUUUAGUUCCUCCAUCAGAAGUUCUUUUCCACCAGACUUUGCAACAUAUUCAACAUUCAGGAGUUCUUGUAGAUCUGGGUCUUGAGGAAAAUAAUAUAGCUGAUCAAAGAGCUGAGAAAUAUAUUAUCCAGCUAGACCAUGACUUCCAGAACAAGUUUGAGGCUUUCAUGAAAAAGGUCAAACAGAAUCCAUACACACUCUUUGUUCUUAUUCAUGACAACUCCCAUGUUGAUCUUACUAGUCUUGUUUCAGGUUCCACAACUCAUUGGGAAUCCAGCCAGAGUCUGUCAGAUAAGUUUAUUAAUUCACGUGAGGCACUUGAGGCUUGCAACUUACUUAUGUUGCAGGUCAGCUCCUUCCCUUUCACUCUACAGACACAACAGUCCCGUGUUUGCUCAUACAAUGAGGUACACUGGAUACUCUCCAGCAACCCUGAGGAGCUCAGCAAUGAGGAGAUGGUGUACUUUGGUUUGUCCGAUUACAGGAAGUCUUUACAAUGGGGUAUUACAAGUCCAAUCCUAAGAUGUGAUGAGGCUUUUGAAAGAAUGGUGAAUACUUUGAUGGAAAGGUAUCCCCGAUUGCACAGUAUGGUGAUCCGAUGCUACCUGCUGAUUCAGCAGUAUUCUGAAGCCAUGAUGGCUGUAACAUCAAUGAAUUUGCUGAGAGAACACACUACACCUGAGACUCUGAGUAUUAUGGAUGACUUGAUCAGUUGUCCAGGGAAAGAUGAACUCGGCCGUGGACAUAUGCUUUUGAUAAGAGUCCCAUCAGUGCAGCUGGCAAUGCUUGCCAAGGAGCGACUUCAGGAUGUUCGAGAUAAGCUCGGUCUGCGGUAUCGCUUUGAAGUACUUCUGGGCAACCCUGCUGGGGAACUCAGUGUUGCCAAGCACUUUGUUACACGAAUGAAGGGAUGGAGAGGAUGUGAGCAGGACAAUUGGAACCCACUUACGUAUCAGGAUCUGGAAGGUCUCCCAUGUAUUGUAAUUUUAACUGGUAAAGAUCCACUUGGGGAAUCAUUUCCACGGUCCAUGAAGUACUGUGAUCUUAGGCUAAUUGACUCCAGCUACCUUACACGAACAACUCUAGAGCAAGAGAUAGGCCUUGCUUGUGGCUAUGUUUCUAAAAGUGCUGUCAGAGAAACUAUGGCGAUUUUUCAACGAACAGAAAAAGAUCAAGAGAAAGUUUUCAUCGAUGAGAAUGAAUCUGAUGAAUUGCAGAUUGAUUUAGAGAGACCACAAAGCAACAGCAGUACAGUCACUGGAACCUCAGGUUCCUUAGCAGAGAAUGGAGUGAGCUAUUUCAUUGCUCCUGACUCAUCACAGAGGCCUGCUUCAUCUCUUAGCUUUCAACACAUUGUGAACAGUUCAAUUGAUGAGGGCACAUCCACAUACACCUCGCACAUCUCAACUAGUGUAUGCAGUGAGGGCUGCAAACAGGAAAGUGAUGUAGAAGGGAAGGAAACUGCAAGCAGCACAGUUUCAAAAUCAUCCUCGUUAUCUGGAAAUUCUCGCCAAUCUAUUCUGGACAAGAAGGACCCAAGGACUCCACACCUCAUUUUUCCAAGGACUGUAAUUUUGUCAAAGCCAGUUUAUCAUCUCCUUGGCUCAGCACGAAAUGAACACCUGUGCUCUGCCUCUCUGUUGCCUCAUGCUGAUAUGACUUGGACUAGCCCCCUGAGAUCGCUGUUUCACAAGGACUUGAGCAGUGAAGAACAGUCACUUUACUAUCGACAGUGGACAAUUCCCAGGCAACAUCACGCGGACUAUAGCAAUAAAAGUGAGGGAAGUUCUGGAAACUUCCACCGUCGUCGAUUGUUAUUGACCGGACCUCCACAGGUUGGAAAGACUGGUGCAUACUUGCAGUUCCUUAGAAUUCUUUCCCGCAUGCUAAUAAGAUUAUUAGAGGUUGAUGUAUACAAUGAAGAAGAGAUUAAUGAAGAAAUGAAAGAAGCAAAUGAGCAUGUGCAAGGAACUAAUGCACAUUGGCCUGACAUUGAACUCUUCAGUAAAAUGACCUUUGACUACACAGUACAUGAUCCAAAAUAUCGCCAUAUCAGUUCUGUCUACUCAGACAAGCUGCCGAAGGUUAACCUAGAAAGUGGCAAAAGUUGCAGCUCAAGUGAUGGAUCAACAAACCAAGAGACCGUUUCUAUUAUGUUAACUAAAUACGCUGCAUACAACACAUUCCACCAUUGUGAGCACUGCCAUCACUACGUUGAUUUUAGCCCUGCAACACAGGUGUCGGAUUCUACACUGCAUGCGUUUACCUUUUCCUCCUCCAUGCUGGGAGAGGAAGUGCAGCUUCACUUUAUUAUUCCGAAGUCAAAGGAACAGUAUUUUAUCUUCAGUCAGCAGGGUAAACAUCUGGAAAGCAUGCGUCUACCUCUUGUCACAGAUAAGAAUUCAAAAUUAGUGAAGAGUCCUAUCUUUACACCUACUACUGGGCGGCAUGAACAUGGUCUUCUGAACCUCUACCAUGCCAUGGAGGGUGCAAAUCACCUUCAUAUCCUUGUGAUUAAAGAGUUUGAAAUGCCAUUUUAUCGAAAAUAUUGGCCCAACCACAUUAUGUUGGUAUUACCAGGCACAUUCAAUGGUGCAGGGAUUGGUGCUGCGCACUUUCUAAUCAAAGAGCUUUCAUACCACAAUUUGGAAUUGGAAAGAAAUCGCCAGGAAGAGAUAGGGGUCAAGCGGCAGUGUGUGUGGCCAUUUAUACUGGUCAUGGAUGACUCUUGUGUCCUUUGGAAUCUUCAUAAUGUGCAGGAAUUGACCAGCAGUGAAAGUAAAGAACCUGCGGUUUCCACAAAGAAUGUUUCCUUGAAGUUCUUAAUGCAACACAUUGAAGCCACACCAAAGAUUACUCAUUAUGCACUCUGUGGGAUUCAAAAGUGGAACAGCAAACUGACUGCUGGAAAACUGCAGACUCCAUUCUCUCGCUGCCACAUACAUGGUUUUAUAUUCCUCAAUGUUGAUCUGACACAGAACGUACAAUAUGAUCUAAACAGAUAUACCUGUGAAGACAUUGACUUCAAUCUACGGACAAAUAGUAGUGGCUUACUCCUUUGUCGGUUCAAUCACUUCAGUCUCAUGAAGAAAUGCAUUCAGGUUGGAGGACACAAAGAUUUUGUUAUAAAGCCUAAGGUCAUGGUGAGCGAAAGCCUCAGUAUGAUUUCAGCCUCACAGUAUGUCUGUGCUCCAGACAGUGAAAGCACAAUAUUGGCUGCUCCUGCCCAUUUUCUCCUGGAGAAAUUCCUACAACACACAAGUUACAAGCUGUUUCCUAAAGCUAUAAACAAUAGUAAGAAUCCAGUGUUGUCCAUUGACUGUUACAUGAACCUGGGUCCUGAGAUUUCUGUUUGUUACAUAAGUUCGCGACCUCAUUCAGUUAAUAUAAAAUCUGAGGAGGUGUUGUUCAGUGGACUUCUGCUCUACCUCUGUGACUCAUUUGUUGUUGCUGACUUUCUCAAGAAAUUCAUGUUUCUUAAAGCUGCCACACUUUGUGUGAUUUGUCAAGACCGAAGUUCAUUACGUCAAACUAUCGUCCGUCUAGAAUUGGAAGAUGAAUGGCAGUUCCGGCUGCGUGAUGAGUUUCAGACAGCCAACAGCAGUGAUGAUAAACCACUUUAUUUUCUUACUGGACGGCACAUUUAAGUUCAUAGAUAGCAGGAAAUAACAGGUGAAGGUGACGGGUGGCACAAUAACAGCAUAAUAGAGUACAAUUUAUAAUCCCAAAAGAAGGGUAAAGUGGCACAUUUGAGUAGAAACAAAAUUGGUAAUUUUUCUGGUUACCUAACUGAGGUCACUUUAUCAAACAUUUACAGCAGAACGGGGGCUGUGUGCUCAGUGUGUAAGAAGGAUCUAUUAACCAAGGUCAGUUUCUUCAGUAACUCCAGAAGGGAGUCUUGUGUGCGAUUUGCAAAGAAAAAGGAAUAUGUACAGCAUGAUAAAAUCAAGCAAUUCAAUUUUCAGAAAAAGGCAGGGCAAGAUGCGAAAUUUUUUUUUCUUCUUUAGAACCAAUCAAACCAAUGAUGAUUCCAAAACAUAAGAAAAAUAGAUCUGGAUCAACAAAUAAAGUUAAUGACUGUCAACAGAAAUACUUCACUGAAGGAAUGGAACAAAAUCAGUGGAGCAAAAACAAUUGAAGAUUGUACUUUAAGGAUCUCCAGUGUCACCAUUCUUACUGUACAUAAUUACAGUUAAGCUCAGGGUUUUGAAAAUAGGUGACAAUGGAGAAGGAUUAUCCAUAAUCACACCACAUACUAGUUUUUUUUUGGGGUUUUGUAGUGUAUGUCUCCAUGUUUAUUUGGUUCCUAACCUGACAAUAUUUUUAAGCAAGCUCUCAUACCUUCUGGACAUUGUAAUCUAAAUACUAGGGAAAUGUAAAAUGCAAUUACAUGCUGCUUUCAAGUGGGACUAUUGCUGAUUUUUUUUAAAUGGCAAUUGAUCCAGAAGCAUUUUCCUACCAGGGAUUUGCAGGCCUUUGUUAAUUUUUUAAAAUUUCAUGUACACAAUUGUCUUGUUUUUCAGACCUCUUCUUUGUAUCGUACAAGUAGUUGCAUGCUUGUAUUUAAUAUUUACAGCAUUAUUGUGUUUAAUAGUGCCUAUUCUCAUACAAUUGAUUACCAUCAUGCAUUGAAUCUGAUUUUGGAAAGUUAAAGCAAAUCCACUACAGGUAUUACUAAAAUAGUAAAAGCUAAUGGUGGAUGAUAUGAUUUUUGAUUUCCUUUUUGAGUAUGGUAUAUAUUUCUUUUUCAAAGUAAACGUAUACAAAUAUGACAUCUAAUGAUUCCUUGCUUUGUGCCUGUAAUAUGUAUUUUUAAUUUUUUUUUAUUGUUUAAAGAGAUAACCUUUGGGAAAACAAAUAUAACAUUGGUUUAAGUUGUAAUUCUUUUACUGAGUUAAUUCAUAACUUUUUGACCAUUUUUUUCUAUAUCUACAACAGUCUCUUUGCAGGGAAUGCAAUGAUAAUCUCAAUGGCAACUAAAAAAUAUAAAAUAUUAACUGUAUAAAAAUGUGAAAUUGCCCUAGCCCCUAACCUACCACUCUUCUCUCAGGCAACAGGAUUAUAGACUUAUAAUGCAAGUUGGUUUAAUAAUCUUUCCAAAGGUUGUUCAUUUGGCCUGCAACCACCUGGCAAGUUUGAAAUAAAAACAUUACAAAUUGAAAAUGAUCCUAUUUUAAUGGCAUUUUUCAAUUGUAAUUUAAGAAUAAACUGUAGGCCUGUCAACAGCAAAAUGUAUAUGAUCAGACAUCAAAUGAGCAUAUGGGCAUUACAAGUAGAUAAACAAGCUUUUGUUUGCUUUCUCACUAAUAACUAAAUCACACUAUUACUGCAAAUAAAUGAAUUAAAAUGAGUAAGAUUUAUCUUUUAUCUUACAAGGCAUUUCUCUUCCUCCCCAACUCCACUCCUUCAAGUGCUUGCAUUUGACACAAUAUUCAGAACAAUAACAGUCCUUGAAUAAAUUCUUUAUUCAUCUGUUAUGUAAGCUUUAAACAAAAGGGGCUUAUGGGUUUUAAUGAUAAUGCAUGUAAUUAUUAUUGAGUUGAAUUAUGUAAACAUGAAGGGCAAGUCUUAUUGUCACAGAUCUCAGGUAGUUUUGUACUACAUGAAUGUAUUGCAGAAGUUCAAAUUCUACUGACAGGAUAAAGUGCCACAUUUUGCAGACCAUGACCUAGACUAGAAGUAGCCUAAAAAAAUUGUAUGCUUCAUGCAGCAAAUCUUACAGAACCUGUCCUCAAUCUGUCAAUUCCAUUAAAUCGGUACAUUUUGCAAUGACUGAGAUUCUUCUAUAGCAUUACACCCCAGUCCUGUCAAUGAACUUUUUGCAUUUUUAUGACUGAAUGUAUGCUGUUAUCGAUGUACUUUAAAAUUUUUGUGCUUAAGAGGAAUACACCUGCAUUUUCUCUACUCCAGAUAUCAUGAAAAUGGUAGACCAAGUGAUUGAAAGACUGGACACUUGAAAUUCAGGCUGGAGUGAUAACUUUCAGUUUUAUAUCCCUUGCAAAAUUGUUCUCACACUGUUUGAACAGCCAAGGUCAUUUAAUGGUGUACAAUGUGGAGUGAAUGAUUUUGUUUUGUAGAUAAAUGCAUUUUGCACAUAAUUCAGCCCAUCUGGAACAUGUUGGUUUCAAAUGCUAAUUAGUUGUGGAGUGUAUUUUUCUAUUUUCCUUUUACUUAAUUUAUAUUGAACAUUUGUUAGCCUAUUUCCUACAAUGAAAUGUCUCCACAAAUUGUCUAUGCUGCAGAUUGCAGCCUCUGGUCUGUGUUUCAUUAACAUGAAAGAUUAUAGACAUUGUUUACAGAUUCAGCAGCAGCAACAUUCAAUUAGAGACAUACAGUACUGAAUUGGGCUCUUCGGCCUGAGUCAUUCUCUAUAUGCCCUUUAUGAUUUUAUGAACCUAUACAAGGUCACCUUUCAGCCUUUGGCACUCCAGUGAGAAUAAUCCCAGCCUAUCCUAUCUCUCCUUUAUAACUAAUGCUAUACUCUAAGCAAUAUCCUGGUAAAACUCUUCUGCAUUGUCUCUGUUGCCGCAACAUUGUCCUUGUAGUGUGCAAACAAGAAUCGUGUAUAGUACUCCAAAUGUGGCCUAACCAAUGCCUGAUUCAGCUGCAUCAUGUUUUAGCUCAGUCUCGUAGCAUAUUAAGGCAAGAAUGCUAAAUACCCUUGCCCUUACCCCACUACCAGUCUCCAUUUUCAGAGAGCUAUUAACUUGCUGUAUAUCCUAAGGUCCCUCUAUAUAACAAUGCUUCGAAGGUUCCUGCAGUUUACUAUACAUUAGAAAAUCCAAAUGCAUAACCUCGCACAUCUGGAAUAAAUUCUAUCUGUCCAACUUCCUAGCUGAACUAGGUCCUGCUGUAUCCCAAGAUGACUGUUUUUGAUAUUGACAACUCCGCCAUUUUUUCUGUGAUCUACAGACUCACUAAUCAUCAAUUUAUACAAAUUAAUGAAAAACAAAGAUUCUAACACCAAUUCCUGUAACACACCACUAAUUACAAACUUCCAUUCAGAGAAACAAGUAUCUGCUACUAAACUCUGCCUCCCAUCAUCAAGUCCAUUUCAAUUCAAUCCAAUUCAGUGGAUUCCAUGUGCCUCAACUUUCUGGACCAGCCUAUUGUGUGAAACUAUGUCAAAAGCUUAGCUCGUCAACAUAUGUUUACCAUUAUCUUCAUCAUUUCCCUAAAUAACCUCCUCAAUAAUCUCAUCAGAUUUGUAACAGGAUUUUCCAUGUGUAAAACCAUGCUAUUUCCCUUCUAAUAAAGCUCUGCCUUUCCAAUUGAUUGCAAAUCCCAUCUUUAAGGAUUAUUUUCCAAUAGUUUCCCCAUUAUGCAAGGCUCAGCACUGGUCUUCUUGUAUAUGGAAGACCAUCUGUUACCCUUCAGCCUUUCCGAUAUAACCUGUAGCCAAAGAUUCAAAAUAAAACCUCUGGGUUCCCCAGCAAUUGGUUAAUAUUUUUAACACCUUCCUGGUUCAAGCACAUUUCAGACUAUGAAGCAUUCAUCUUUCCCAUCUCUCCAUCCUCCUCCUUAGCAAAUAUUAAUGUGAAGCAGUCAUUCAGGACACCAAAGACUUCCUUUUUGAUCCUGAAGGGGCCUACUGUCAUUCAAAUAUAUUUGUAAAAGCUAUUUUUCUUUUUAAAUUUUGUUGGGCAGUGCAAUUUCAUAUCCUCAUUUUGCCAUCCUAACUGAUUUCUUAAGAUCUCUACGUAUCUUUUGUUAACUUAAAAGGACUUACUUGAUGACAAUUUUUCAUAACUCACAUAGAUUUUGUUCAUUUUCUGUGUAAGCCCUCACUUUGUUCCUUGAUCUUACCAUAUUUAACAACUUACACUUAGAAGCGCAUGUUGACUCUGAACUCCUGCUUUCAGAUACCUUCAACUGAUGUCAUAUUUCCCCUCUACAACUGCUGCAAAUAUUCUUUCAUCUUGUAAGUCAGUCCUUCUACAGCUUAAGACCUGAACUCUAGGUUCAACUUAUUGAAUUGUCAGUGUUUGCAAAAGAUCCCUCCACAGACGUUUCCACCACUUGCGUCCUCUUUCCCGAAAGUAAGGCAGAGUACAACUGUUUCCCAGUAGUAAUAAUAGGUUAAGACAUUGGGAUGUAGGAGACAAAGAGAUGAUCUUUUAGAGGUGUACAAUCAUGAGGGGCAAAGAUAGGCUAACUGCACAGUCUAGUUCCCAGGGAAAGUGAAUCAAAAACUAGACAGCAUGGGAUAAAGAUGAAAGGGAAAAGAUUUAAAUAGGGCAAGUUGUUCAUACAGAGGGAGGUGCGAAUAUCCAGAGAAUGUGGCUGAGGUAGGAACAACAAUGUUUCUAAGACAUUUAGAAAGGUACAUGCAUGAUGGGUUUAAAAGGCUAAACACAAGCAAAUUAAAUGGGCAGCUUGGUAGCUUGAACAAGUUGGGCCAAAUGGUUUCCAUUCUGUAUGACAAUCCAUGUUACUCUAAAACCCCUUCAUUUAAAAAAAUGCCACCCAAUCUCAGCUCCUUACAGUAAGGCAAUUGAGGUCAAUAUUGGGAAAGUUAAAAC